AUGUCUGGUCCGAGUCUGAAAACAUAUAGUCUUUUUGCCGCCAAAGAGAUCAAGGACUUCUACCUUGAUGACCCUUGCCCCAAAAUCUUUCCCCAAGCAAGGGUAAUUUUAAUAGUUUUUGAAAAAUUAGUUUUUGAAAAAUUCAGCAAUCCAACCAGAGACAUCAAAUUUAUCCAGCCCACAAUCUUCUCCAGCUAUGAGCUGAAACACCACCCAAGUCUAGAUGCCUUUCUCGGAGACACAUGCAAAGGAACUUCGGCUGCCCCUACUUAUCUUCCUGCCCAUCGUUUCGAAGUCCAAGAUUCUGAUGGCUGUGUUAGAAAAUUUAACCUUAUUGAUGGUGGUGUCGCCGCCAAUAAUCCGGCGUUAAUUGCUAUGAACCAAGUCACAAAAGAAGUUAGCCGGGGAAAUUCUGACGUCUUCUCAAUGAAACCACUUGAAUAUAAUCGCAUCAUAGUUUUAUCACUGGGAACGGGUACCACUACCGCCAAAGGAGGAGGAAGGUACGAUGCAGAUGAAGCAGCCAAGUGGGGCAUUGUGGGUUGGCUCACAAGUGAUGGUUCAACUCCCCUUGUUGAUGUAUUCACCCAAGCAAGUUGUGAUUUGGUCGAUUUUCAUCUUUCCACUGUUUUUCAAGCCCUUCAAUCAGAAGAUAAUUAUUUAAGAAUUCAGGUAGCUAUCUGUGACUUAGAUGACACCUUUACUGGCGAGUUGUCUUCGGUGGAUAUCGCGUCGGAUGAAAAUUUACAGAAUCUCGUUAGGGUAGGUGAGGAAUUGUUGAAGAAACCAGUUUCCAGGGUAAAUUUGCAGACUGGUGCUUUUGAACCUUUAAAUAAGGGCACAAAUGAAGACGCUCUAAAGAGGUAUAAUUAUUAUCUAGCUAAUUAA